AGUUGAGCAUGAGGUUGACUGCAAAAUUUACGGCAGAUGUAGUAUAUAAUAUUUGUCGGAAAGCUAGCUGAUGCGACUGCCGAAGUGGAGAUCCGAGCUGGGCUGUGGCCUGGGGAUCGAACUGAUGAGAUGUCCGACCUGCAGAUGAACGAACUGCCGGGCUUGUCCCCGGUAGCAACUCCGACGAUCAAGUCAUGAAGAAGUUUUCUCAACUUCUGACCAUCGGAGGCUCCAGCAAUCAGGGCGCUGCCACUCAGACCCCCUCGGCCAUCCCCGCCAGCUCGGCGCCAGUUUUGACACCUCAGCCAGCUCCUGCCCAGUCCUCCAAGGCUGUUGAGGCUGGGAAGAAGAAGAAGAAGAAGACCACUGCCAAGAGAGUUAGGGUAGAGACGACCUCGUCCCCAACUCGGGAAGAGAGAUCGAUGCCCGAGUCUGGUCAGGGCGGCCACUACGGCGUGAACACCGCCGAGGAACAGGCCCGGGCUGAAGCUCCCCCUAAUUUAUGGCAACGCCAAAGCUCUACCCUGCUCUUCGAUCCCCAGACUCGGCUAGUCACGCACCAACACCCCAUGCACUUCUGCCCUCAAUGGAAGCUCUCCAUAAAUGACCGAACUCAAUUUCCCGAGGUGGCCCGGGAACUCACUCAUGGGGCUAUCCUUCCACGGGACUACAACUUGGUUAAGGCCAUGGACUCAUCCGACCUCCUUGACUUUUACUACACGGGUACGGCUCAAGUGAACGUGGUCGGGUCCGAGCUGGCCAAGCGCUAUGAGAGCCUGCUCCCCUUGAUGAGCGAAACUAAGGCAGCAAACGAGAAACUGCUCAGCCAGAACGAAGCGACUGUGGCCGAAGCUGAAGGCCUGAAGAAGCAGCUCGCACAAGUCCACUCAAACUUCGAGCUGGAACUUAAGAAGAACUCCAAGCUGACCACCCAGCUGAAGGAGGAGCAGCAAAGGGGUGUCGAGCUGUCGGCUCAAGUGGAGGCGGCUAAGGCUGAAGGACGCCAAGAGGGCGUGCAGCCUUCCUAAGGUCGGAGGACUUCACAAACGACCUGGCCCUUUUGAACACCCCCGUGCUGCAGCAUGGAUACUCCCAGGCGCUGAAGGAAGUGCAAGAGCUGGGCCUGCCUGGGUUUGAUCUGGGAAAGUUCCCCAGCUACAACCCCCGAGCCAUGGAGCAGAUCGAUCGCCUGGUGGAGGGCUACUCACACGGGCGGAAGCUGGCCGACCUAGUUGCUGACCCCCUGCUGCCAGUGACCACCCCAGAAUCCGAACAAGUGGAGGAAGAGGGAGAGAACUAGAGUAGGGCUUUAGGAUAGAAUCCGAACUGUCAGGGGGCAGUUCAUUUUGUAUGAGCUCUGCUCUUCCUUUGGUCAGUUCCUUUUGUACGAGCUUGGCUCCUUCUUGUACAGUUUUAUUGAAUGGAAUGAAGAACCUUUCUUUUGCUCCAUACUUAGUCGCAUUUGCAAAUUUAUUGUCAUAAUUUUAAGAUACAUCAGUCCGGCCUAGUGCCGAUCAAAAUGAACUAUCUUCUAAGGCAAGGUAAUUCAUACAUCAAUAUUAAUAAAAACCUUGACUUUGGGACGAACUGUCAUGCGUGAGCUGAAUUCUUAGCAAAAAAUUCUCAAGUUGGAAUUAUGCCAGGUACGCGGGACCUCCUCUCCGCUGAGGUGAGCUAGCUUGCAGUAUCUAGCUCGAUCCGCCUCUUUCACCACAUAGGGACCCUCCCAAUUUGGGUCCAGCUUGCCCGUGCCCUGAAGCUGACUCACGCUAUUCUUCCAUAAGACCAGAUCCCCUGGCUUAAAGGAUAGAAGCCUCACCCUAACAUUGUAGUGUCGCGCGAUCUGCCCUUUGUACUUAGCCA